CCCAAAGCUGACGUGAGAGCAACUUAGCAACCCCCAAAGGAUUCCAAAAGCAAAGCCGGGACUCGUUAUUUACCUGCAAGGGCCGAGGGGCUAUACACCUAAACUGCUGGGACGGGAUCACAAUGAUCCCCGCAUCAGGCCUUUACCAGGCUGACAUUCUGCAAUUUAGCAAUUUUAUCCUGAUUCCUCAACAUUAGAAAGCUUUCUUCUCUCUUUCACAAACACGCGUUUUACGCGUUUUUGCAGUCCUACAUGCCUUUGCUUGCAGUGACAUUAUUUCAGAAUUCAAUUACUUUCAUAGAAUCUUUUCGCUGAAGUCAAAAAUAGUAUGCAACUCAACGUAGGCCUGAUUUUGGGCUUUUUGUUCGUUUAUUCUUCGCUCAUAGGAUAUAUCCGGUCAAAAUGUUGGAAAGAUCCAACGUCCAAGUUCUUCCAAGCCGAACGUGCACACGUUGCCACAUAUUCGGCGCAUCGAAUACAACAAGCUGUUGAAUACGCUGACCUGGUGGGGACAGAAGAACGAGCACAAGGGAGCAGGAAGAACUCACCCGAACUAUGCAUAGGCGUUCCCUCGGUGCAAAGAGACGGCAUAUCAUACCUAAAGUCAACACUGGGCUCCCUCCAAUACGGCCUGACCGCAGAGGAACGAGCGGGUCUCCGCUUCGUUGUGCUCCUUGCCCAUACCGACCAGACAAAGCAUCCAGACUACGGUCAACCAUGGCUCGCUAGCAUGGCUGACAAGCUUCCUUUGUAUCGCGACGAUGCAGAACAACUAGCUCUGGCUAAAGUCAUGGAGCUCAACCAAAGCCACGGCACCAAAUCCAAGUUUGACUACUCCAUCGUGAUGGAAGAGUGCGAAAAGACUGGCGCGCCAUACAUCUUGCUUGUGGAGGAUGACGUGGUCUUCUUGGACGGAUGGCGGCAUCGAGUUAUGCAAGCUUUAGACGUGGCCACAGCCAAGUCUUGGGAAGUAGGACAUACGGACUUCCUGUACCUACGCCUAUUCUACUACGAGGGCCUUCUCGGCUGGAACUCGGAAUCCUGGCCAACCUACCUAUUCUCGUCCCUCGCCGUCACCACGAGCGUGAUAUGCCUCCUGGUCCUAACACGACGAUACGUCCCCGCAACGCGCCUACACCUAGUCCGCUCCGUAUUCCUCCUUACCACCCUCGUCUUUACGCCCCUCCUCAUCAUCCUCUUUUUCGCCGCGGGAGCCAACUGCAUCCUGCCACAGCCCGCCGGCGUGCACCUGAUGCCUCAGCACGCAUGCUGCGGCCAGGGUCUCGUGUUCCCCCGCGCAACCGUGGCCGACGACCUGCUGCCCCUUUUCCGCAAUAAUAGGUGGUCCAAGGUGCCGACCGACAGCUUUAUAGAGGAGCACGCGGAUGCGACGGGCGCGUUGCGUUGGGCGCUGACACCGGUGGUGAUGCAGCAUGUUGGUGGUCAGAGUAGUCAUGGCGUUUUUAGGGGCAUGUAUGGGAAUAUGACGCCGAGCUAUCUAUGGAAUUUUGGGUUUGAGGAGAAUGAUGCGAGGAGCUUGGCCGCAGAGCAUUCGCGGGUGAACAUUGGGAUGCUGUAAGCUACGGAAUUUAUAUCUUAAGGCGGCACAGCUACGGUCGUUCGGUGCACACUGGGCAAGCAUGAUCUAGAGUUGCCUUUGCCUCCCAGCGUUUUCAAUAGUAGCCUGAUAGAUAUGUUAUGUAAUGUACCAGGUAUUUACGCCCCGCUAGCAUUUACUACACAAUAGGUGGCAGCUGCAAUGCUGGUCUCUGGGCUCUGUAAUGGUCCUGAGCUGGCACAGCGCAUCUGAUAUCUAUAGGUUGGAUAAGGUUCUAGCUAGAAGUUAUUGCUAGCGCUUGUGACAGUAG